UCCUCGGGUGCUGCAGGCCGCUUUCAGUGUUGCUGAGUCGCGCGCUUUUGAGGCUCUUUUAUUUUUUUAAUUCCCGCCGCUGGACUUGACGCUUCGCUUUUUCUUUUCUUCGGCCUCGCAGUAUUCGCCCCCGCCAUGAACGGUUUCCGGGACAGCAGGAUCGAGGAGGGCACUUUCCUCUUCACCUCAGAGUCGGUGGGGGAAGGGCACCCAGAUAAGAUCUGUGAUCAAAUUAGUGAUGCUGUUCUUGAUGCGCACCUGAAGCAGGAUCCAAAUGCCAAAGUCGCAUGCGAAACGGCUGCAAAGACUGGAAUGAUUCUCCUGGCUGGGGAGAUCACAUCCACUGCUGCAGUUGACUAUCAAAAAAUUGUUCGCGAAACAAUCAAGCACAUUGGCUAUGAUGAUUCAUCAAAAGGCUUUGACUACAAAACGUGCAAUGUGCUGGUUGCUCUAGAGCAGCAGUCUCCCGACAUAGCUCAGGGCGUGCAUCUUGACAGGAAGGAAGAAGACAUUGGUGCCGGGGACCAGGGUUUGAUGUUUGGUUAUGCUACCGAUGAGACCGAUGAGUGCAUGCCCCUGACUCUUCUCCUUGCACACCAGCUGAAUGCAAAACUGGCAGAACUCCGUCGAAAUCAUAUUUUGACUUGGCUGCGACCAGAUUCGAAGACCCAGGUGACGGUUCAGUACAAACAGGAUCGUGGUGCCGUCAUCCCCAUUAGAGUCCACACGAUUGUCAUUUCCAUUCAGCACGAUGACAGAAUUGGACUGGAUGAGAUGAGAGAUGCCCUGAAGGAGAAAGUGGUCAGAGCCGUUGUGCCUGCAAAAUACUUGGAUGAUGAUACUAUUUAUCAUCUGCAACCUAGUGGCCGAUUUGUGAUUGGCGGUCCCCAGGGAGAUGCUGGUUUGACUGGCCGGAAGAUCAUUGUUGACACUUACGGUGGCUGGGGAGCCCAUGGAGGAGGGGCUUUCUCUGGAAAAGACUACACAAAAGUUGACCGCUCGGCUUCUUACGCUGCUCGCUGGGUUGCCAAAUCCCUUGUAAAGUCUGGCCUGUGUCGACGAGUGCUCGUUCAGGUCUCUUACGCUAUUGGAGUCGCCCACCCAAUAUCGGUCUCUAUUUUCCACUAUGGCACUUCUCAAAAAACCGAGCAUGAACUGCUGGACAUUGUGAAGAAGAACUUCGAUCUUCGCCCAGGGGUCAUUGUCAGGGAGCUGGAUCUGAAGAAGCCUAUUUAUCAGAAGACUGCAGCCUAUGGUCACUUUGGUAGGAACAACUUCCCCUGGGAAGUCCCCAAAAAGCUUAAAUACUGAAUAUAUAUGUUGGGCUUCUUUCCCCAGACCUGUUGGUGUACAUUACAGAGAAACCUUCAGGCUCCUUUGCGGGAAAGAGCCCCAGUCCCUCAAUUGGUCCUAUCCCCCUCUGCUCUUAAAACUUGGCACACUGUUCAUUACCAGGAAUCUCAGUCCUCUGGGGACCGCAAAUCGCACUGUGCUUUCUCCUCUGCCUGAUGUGCUUGACGUACAAGUAGAGCCAGUUGAGCCUAGGCACCGUACAAAAAUCCAUAGAGAGAAGGAAGGCUGUAACCAAAACAGUGCUUCGGCCUAACCUUUUGCAUUGCCCAAAAGGCUUAACCUUACCUUACCUUCAGAAAGAAAAAAAAAAAAUCCCAAGAAACUUCCCUUGUGACGUGUAUGCAGUCUGUGGUGGUUUCACUUCUGCCCAGGUGGUUAGAGCAGGGGCAGUGACUGUCGAGGCCGCCUCCUCCUCCAUUGAUUUCCUAGGAGCAGCGGUUGCCCAAGCAGAGAGCCUUGCGUGUUAACACAACUCCUGUUUGGAACUCCCGUGAAGUUCUUACAAGUUUCUUUUAACACAGGCAGUCCCGAUUCGGUGCUUUUAAAUUCCGUCAACAUCACAUUGUGAUCCUUUUCUGCUGCUUCGAGGUUCUUUUUUUUUUUUUAAUCCUAUGCAGUUUUAGCACUAGCCAGACCUCAUUUCCCUCCUUAUCAAAUGGGCACUGGGCAAUCUUGGUAUACUUUAGACAGGUCAGAAGAUUGUAUCCAGGACCUGUAGGCUGCACACUUUGGGCACCUGGUUUUUUUUUUUUUUUUUUUUUUUUGGUUAGAGCCAAGAACUUCAUGUUGCACAAAUUUUUCCCAGUUUACUUUCACAAUCAAGUUCCAAACUGCAUUCUGAAGGAUUGGCGUAGCUACAGAGAAGCCAGUUCCCCUUCAGAGUACACGUGCAAUUGGGAAGGUUGUGGGAAGAUACCUACGUACUUGAAACUUUUUAAUAAUUGCUUAUUUAUUGUGUUUGGGAUGGGGUGUGAGUACAGAGAAGCCCUUGUCUCAAAUGGCAGCUUUUAAACUUUACUUUGACACCAUGAAUUCCUUGACAGUUCCCAGCAUUCCCUGAUAGGCCAAGGUGUCCUACAGAAAAGCCUUGGGUGUAACCUACAGGGGGUCUGGCUUGUGUAAAACAGGGGAGGGCAGUGCUGGGGGACCUGACCUUGGGAGAGGCUAACUUGGUUGGUGUUGUACAGAGAAGCCAGCUUGUUUACUUGCCCAUCCCACGGUCAGCAUCCUAAACAGGAAGUGCCUUUUGCGUUCCACUUUUUUUUUUUUUCUGGGCGUUUUACUACAUAUGUCUGGUUCUUGAAAUUCCACAUUAAAAAACUUAAUAAAGUGCUAGGUUCUAUCUUAAAUGAU